AAUAAAAUAACUGAAUAAUCAACACAGAAUGGAUUACAUCAUACGCCAACACGGUGACCAUGGAGACGAAGGAGACAGCGAAUCAUGUCCAAUGAUUAUGACGUUCCACACCGGCAACUGUGAGUCAAUCUUAUUCAAGGGCAUCAAAGUGACAAAGGGAGAAGAAUUCGCUGUGGCUUUUCUUGUCAUUUUUGUCAUUUCAAUCGCCUACGAGGGAUUAAGAUUCUGGCGAGAGAAACUGUACAAUGACUACCAGGCACAACAACAAAUUACAUGUUCGAAUCCAAAGGACAUGGCACCACCGCGGAAAACAAUUAGGCAACUGUUGACCCAGAAAGCACAUCUGAUCCAAACACUUAUGCAUAUGAUACAGGUGACUGUAUCGUACGCACUAAUGUUAAUUGUCAUGACAUACAAUGUGUGGCUCGUUUUGGCAGUCAUUUUGGGUGCAACAGUGGGAUAUUUUAUCUUUGGAUGGAUUCGGCAGAGAACGAUUGACGUGGCGGAAAGUUGUUGCCAUUAAAGCGACGUAGCUUUACGCUUUAGGUUAACAUUUUUUUUAAAGUUUGAGUGAUGGACCAGUUCACUUAGGUGAUUAAAUAAGAAUUAUUUUAGCUUUAGUUUAGGAUGCGGUAUUAUGUUGUAUGAAGUAGAAUAGUUAUGCGAAGUUCUACUUCAUACAAGGUGUUACCAUUCGGAUAUAGUAAAACUGAUGAUCUUAUUUACACGCCUUUUUAUUGGCGGUAAUUAAUUUAAAUGAAAAUCUAGUGUCUAGGUUGAUGGUACACAUUUUAAUAUACUCGUACGGUAAUUUGAUAAAUUUAAUUUGAUUUUUUGUUUCGUUCAAUUAUUUUUUUAAGAGCUCGAGAGAAUGUCUCCCAUUUAAUUUUGGCUAUGUUCAGUUUCACAAGUUUACUCAUUAAACAUUCUUGUUGGUUAGGUACCUAGAAAUAAUUAAAGAAAAAAUUACUUCUAACAA